CCCACUCUUCCUUUUGAUAUCAUAACAGAAAUACUCUCUAGGCUACCCGUGAAAAUCCUUCUCCAAUUUCAAUGCGUCUGCAAAUCAUGGAAUUCACUAAUAUCCGAUCACAAAUUUGCCAGAAAGCAGUUUAACCUGUCAACCAACCCCAACCUCCACGUCAUAAGCUACGACGAUCCCUCACAGCGGUAUGUUUUAAGGUCUUAUCCCCUCCAAUCCGUUUUCACCGACCUAACUACUAAUUUCAUUCAGCUUGGUUUUCCAUUUAACAGUCCUUAUAAGCACUACUUGCAUUACAUUGUUGGCUCUUGUGAUGGAAUUCUUUGUCUUGCCGAUUAUUGUAACUGUUUUGUUGUAUUGUGGAAUCCUUCUAUUCGAAAAUUCAAAGAAUUGCCCUCUUUUGAAAAGCCACAAGUGGUUGGUUCAGCAAAGUUUGGCUUCGGCUAUGAUAAUAUUUCUCAUAAUUACAAAGUGGUUGUUGUUUACAACUCAUAUAGGAGUGCUAUCAAUGAAGACACAGCUAAAAUAAAGGUUUAUAAUUUGAGAACCAAUUCUUGGAGAACCAUUCAGACAUUUCCUUUCUCUACUUACUUCGGCUAUGAUCAAUCAGGAGUACAUGUCAGCGGUACAAUUAAUUGGUUGGCCGCUACUAAAUGGUGUCUUCCACUUUUUAUUGUUUCUUUUGAUUUAGGUAAGGAUUCUUAUCAAAAGAUUUUUACUCCUGAACAUGGACGGAUUAAUGCAUGGUCGAAGUUGUGUGUGUUGAGGGAUUGCUUGUGCAUAAUUUCUUAUUAUGAUGUUUGGGUAAUGAAGGAGUAUGGAAUUAAAGAGUCUUGGACUAAAUUGUUCAAAGUUUCUAACUUGCCAGAACAAACUAUGUCUUCUUUCUUGACCAAGGCAUUAUAUAUUUUUGAAGACGAUCAAGUUCUGUUGGUGGAGAGAUGGAAAAAGAAGUUGAUAGUUUAUGAUUUAAAGAGUGACACUUUUAAGACUACCGUAAAGUUUCCAACCCUUCCAGAAAUCUGCACCGAGAGUUUGAUAUCACCUUGUUUUUAA